ACUUCAAAGAAACUCGAAAGAAGAGCUUGCGCGUCGUCGACGCAUUUCAGUCAACAAUAAACUCACACUAGUAGUCUAAUAAGUCAGUCUGUGUUCAGUUUUUGUCAUGACAUCACCAACACUGAAGACGACCACGUGAUAGUGACCUACCUAGUAGUGUACCAGCAAAAAAUGUUUCAAACUAAAAACUGGGCAUUCUACGGUUUAGUGAUUGGAUUUUCUUUGUUUCACGUCUAUUGUAUACCCCGGGAAUUAUUUGCCGGUUCAAAAUGUCAUAAUUCUAACGCUCCAGGAAAAUGCAUCCCUCUCACAAACUGUACUUCAGCGCUGGAUGCAGUAAAGGAACAAGGUUUCCACGAGUUGAAGCGUUGCGGUUUUCAAGGAUUUGUAGAAGUAGUGUGCUGCCCCUCUACAGAUAUGCGUGCCGUCCAUACGGACAAACCACCUAACAAAGACGACGACGAUGACAGAAAAGCUUCAAUUAGAGGCGGCGACCUAAACAGAAAGAGCCAAAAAGCGUGCGACAAAUAUACAAAAAAUUUACCAAUAGUUCUAUCCUACCACAUCGUGGGUGGAGAAGAUGCACAAGUGGGAGAAUUUCCUCAUAUGGCCGCACUUGGUUUCUACAGCAAAGAAGAUAGUGUGUAUAGGUUUGACUGCGGGGGUACUUUAAUUUCCCCUCGUUAUAUAGUAACCGCCGCGCACUGUUUUGUAAAUGUACAGGCCAACGAGCUGAAGAUAGCAAGACUGGGUGUAAUCAGAGUUCCAGAAACUGUAGAAAAGCCUGAUCCUAAAAUAGAUUAUAACGUCAUUAACAUCACCAUUCAUAACGAAUAUAAGUGGAAAGAAAAGUUCAACGACAUAGCUUUAGUCAAACUUGAGAAAAAAGUUACCUUUACCGAUAGUAUUCGGCCAGCUUGUUUGUACACAAAGAAUGAUGACCCUGAAAGGUUAAUGGUAACUGGAUGGGGAGCUGUGGGUUUAGGAGGAGAGCGAAGUAGUAUCCUCCAAAAGGCGACUUUGAGCCCUGUGCCCGUGCGGGAAUGUAAUACCACAUAUCAGGCUAGGACUCAAAAGUACAUUAUAGAAAAUCAAAUAUGUGCUGCCAACAAUGUGAGCGAUGCUUGCCAGGGAGACUCCGGAGGGCCUUUGCAGACACAAAGCACAGCUAGCGUAUUAACAAUCGUUGGAGUAACAUCAUAUGGUAUUGGCUGUGGUAGCAAAUAUCCUGGAGUUUACACAAGAGUUAGUGGUUAUUUAGACUGGAUUGAAGAUCUAGUUUGGCCAGGCGCCAUAUAGAAAAUUGCCAUCUCAAUACAUACGGGUUGACGUGCCAGUAAUUGUGAUAAUUUUUUGUUGCAAACGCCAUUGUCUUUGGGAUGUUAAGUGCCUGAAACGUAAUUUAUUGUUAAGAUUUCAAAAAAAAUUAUAUUUCUUAUGUGAUACAAUUAUAAAGUUUAUGUUGA